AUGGUGAUACUGAUCUAUGUGGACGAUAAUAUAAUCACAGGAAGUGACAAGGAAAGUAUCAUCUCUACUAAAGCUUUUCUUAAAUCUACCUUUGAUAUUAAAAAUUUGGGUGAGCUAAAGUACUUUCUAGGGAUAGAAAUAUGCCGCUAUAAAGAGAGGGUUUUCUUAUCUCAAAGAAAGUACGCACUUGAUCUUUUAAAUGAGGCAGGGAAGCUUGGAGCAAAAGUAGCUAAACCACCACUUGAAGAAGGCUACAAAGUCUUGCGUGAGGGGGAGUUUGAAGACAAACCAUUUGGAAACUUCAAGCUCUAUAAGAUGAUGGUUGGGAAGUUGAUCUAUCUCACCAUUACAAGACCAGACAUCUGUUUUGCUGUGAACAAAGUCAGCCAGCAUAUGCAAGCACCGAAGGUUCAUCAUUGGAAUAUGGUGGAAGGGAUCAUGAGAUACAUAAGGGAGGCUCCGGGUCAAGGUGUUUGGAUGGGUUGCAACAAGAGCACAUAG